AUGCCACCCAAGAAGAAGGAGGAAGAGAAGAAGGUGCUCCUGGGCCGGCCGGGCAACAGCUUGAAAAGUGGUAUCGUUGGCUUGGCCAACGUCGGCAAAUCGACCCUCUUUCAAGCCAUCACGAAAUGCUCACUGGGCAACCCAGCUAACUUUCCGUACGCUACAAUCGAGCCCGAAGAAGCUCGUGUCAUCGUACCUGAUGAUAGAUACGAUUGGCUUUGCGAGCAAUACAAGCCGAAGUCAAAAGUACCUGCCAAUUUGACCGUCUACGAUAUCGCUGGCCUGACUCGAGGAGCCUCCACUGGCGCUGGUCUUGGAAACGCUUUCUUGUCACACAUCAGAGCGGUCGAUGCAAUCUUCCAAGUCGUCCGAUGCUUCGAUGAUGCCGAGAUCAUACACGUGGAAGGCGACGUUGAUCCAGUACGAGAUCUUACAAUUAUCAGUGAAGAGCUGCGCAUUAAGGAUAUCGAGUUCGUCGAAAAGGCUUUGGAGAACUUGAAGAAGCAGACGAGACGAGGCGGCCAGAGCUUAGAGAUGAAGAAGCUGAAAGAGGAGGAAGCUACGGUGGAGAAGAUCCUCGCAUGGCUGAAGGAUGGUAAGGAUGUACGGAAAGAGAACUGGACACCCAAGGAAGUCGAAGUCAUCAAUCCCCUCUUCCUCCUCAGCGCUAAACCCGUCGUCUACCUCGUCAACCUUAGUGAGAAAGAUUACAUCCGACAAAAGAACAAGCAUCUUCCUAAGAUUGCCGAAUGGGUCAAAGAACACGCGCCAGGCGAUCCUAUACUGCCUCUCUCUGUCGCCUUUGAAGAGCGCCUCACACGUUUCGAGACUGAAGCAGAGGCAGAGGAGGAAUGUAAAAAGCUCGGUACAAAAUCCGCGCUGCCCAAGAUUAUCACGACCAUGAGGAAGAUGCUUGACCUUGGCAGCUUCUUCACGACAGGAACGGAUGAGGUGAGGCAGUGGACUAUCAGAAAUGGGACAAAGGCGCCGCAAGCUGCUGGGGUGAUUCAUGGAGACUUUGAGAAGACGUUCAUCCAAUGUAUCGUCUACAACUACGAGAUGCUCAAAGAAUACAAAGAUGAGACUUCACUGAAAGGUGCUGGAAAGGUCAUGACCAAGGGCAAAGAUUAUGUGGUGGCCGACGGCGAUAUCAUAUUGAUCAAAGCUGGUGCCGCAAAGUCGUGA